CAGCAACUCACCAAUUGAACAAUGGCCCAAGCUCUGACUACCACAGAUUUGCAGGGUGCCUUGCCCCUUAUUGCCAGAGGCAAGGUCCGCGACCUCUAUGAAAUUGACGAUAAGACCCUGCUCUUCGUUGCGAGCGAUCGCAUCUCCGCCUACGAUGUGAUCAUGGAGAAUGGUAUCCCCAACAAGGGUGUUCUCCUCACUCUCUGCACGCAAACGUGGUUCAAAGCCCUGACAGAGGCAAACCCCUCCCUCCGCACCCACUUCAUCACCCUCGACCUCCCACCCCAGAUCCCGGAAUCCCUCCGCCCAACCCUGCAGAACCGUAGUAUGCAAGUCCGCAAGCUGCGCAUUCUCCCCAUUGAGGCAAUUGUCCGUGGAUACAUCACCGGCUCCGCAUGGAAUGAAUACAAGAAGUCCGGCACCGUGCAUGGAAUCAAGGUCCCCGCCGGUCUGCAGGAGAGCCAGGCCUUCCCCGACGGCCCUAUCUACACCCCCCAGUACGAAGCUGUCGCCAUUCUGGGCGAAUCCUACGCCUCGACCGUUGCCAAGAUGGCCGUUGAGCUCUACAAGACAGCACACGAGUACGCUCUCGAGCGUGGUGUGAUCAUCGCCGAUACCAAGUUUGAGUUUGGAGUCGAUGAGGAGACUGGUGAGGUCGUCCUGGCUGAUGAAGUCCUGACGCCUGACUCCUCCCGCUUCUGGCCUAAGGAAUCCUACGCUGUCGGACGUGGCCAGGCUAGCUUCGACAAGCAGUUCCUGCGUGACUGGUUGGUCAGUGAGGGUCUCAAGGGUAAGGAGGGUGUGCGCAUGCCUGAUGAUAUUGCCCUUAAGACAGCGGAGAAGUACCAAGAGGCUUGGGAGAAGAUCACUGGUGGUAAGAUCUAG